UGAAUGCAAUAUGACAAUGAGGACUUUUUUGUGCAAAUGAACACGGACUACAAGCAGUUUCCAUGUAUUAACCAAGAGUAUUAAGAUUACAAAUCGAUGGUAUAAUAUGGAAUCGCAACAAAUUUCACAGGAGUUACAAAGUGAGAGAAACAAACAUGCGCAUACUUUCAGUAGAAUAAUUUUGGCUGCAUAUAAGGGUAACCUACAAUUUGCACAAUGGAAAUCAAUUAUAACAGAAUUAUUGACAAUUUUAACUAAUAAUGAAGAUAUCGGCGGUGAUUACAUACUGUUAGCAUCUCGUGCUUUCUCCAUGAUUCUUAUAUGCUUCCCAGAAGAAGUUGAAAAGAAUUUGAAAUGUUAUUUAACAUUUAAUAACAAUCGACUUCAAUCAUUUGACAGUGAUUUUCAUAUUCGCGAUGCAGAGUUAUUUAAGCUAACAAUUACAAAUGGGUAUCUGCAAGUCAGUAAGGAUGCGAUCCUUUCAAAAGCCAUUUGUAUACUAUCAUUUGAUGUGAUAUACGCAAACUGCAUUCGCUACACCAAAUAUUCCUACUUUGCUUACAAAGUUUUACAUACAUGGCUGCUGAGCACAUUGAGAAAUAAUUUUUGGACAAAUAACGAAUUGAUGUACGAGCAUAAACUUGAAGCAAUUAUUUCUUCAAAUUGGGACAAUUCAAUCUCAGAUAUCAGAAAACAAAAUGCCACACUGAUAUUUAAUUUAUAUUUGAAAAUAAUGGAGGAUAAGUACGAAGGUUUCAUUAAGUUCGUUUUUGAAUGCUGUGUUUACAACAUGUCUUGGUUGGACGAAGUAAAAUAUGUCAUAUUAUCAGAAAUAUGCAACAUAUGGAACGAUGUUUCACUCUUCACUGGAAUAGAUUUUUUAACAACUUUGUUCAUGAGUUUGACCAAAACCCACCUACGCAAUGCUGGCACAAAGCUGUACACCUGUAUUACUUCUAAACUCGAUGGGAAGCAAUGGCAAGAGGCUUUUUACAUGCCUUUAAAACUAUUUGUUUUGAAUUGGGAAUCCUCACCUCGGGAACAUACUUCUCUUGAUGCACUGUGUAAAUAUUGGUUAGAGCCGACUCUUGACAGAUUCAGAGAUAUUUUACCAUUUUUGUGUAAAAAAUUUGCUCGUCUCCAUGCUACUCUAUUUCUGUCACAUCUGGAGAGGAUAGCCAGCAAAAUCGGAUAUGAAUUUGAAGUGUGCAAAACACAUUACGGAUGUUAUUCAAAUGACAGCAUCAGGAUAAAUGAAUUUGCCAUCAACUGUUAUAAUGCAUGCUGCAGUAUUGGCAGUGGUAACAGUGAACCAUUUGCUACGUUGAAGCAUCUCUUAUAUCUCAGCUCAAGUAUUACGACAGCAUUUCUGAGAGAUGGAAUCAUCCGUUACUUCAAAAUUUUCCUUAGAAAUUUGGAAAAAUCUAUCAGUGCCUGCAAGAGCAACGAUGCCUGUGUUCUUGACUUCAUGAAAUGGUUACACGAGUACCUGCUCGAUUGUUUUGAGAUUGGUUCUUGUUACCAAAGGAAGAUCCUUGGUUUGAAUCUGUAUAAAACUGUCCUGUCACAAACUAACGCCUCCUACUGCAACAAUAGUCCACGAACAAGUACUUCUCGUCACCAAAAGAAACAACAUUCAGGUUUUGUAUUGGGUGCUCAUCUUAAAACACGGGGCAUGUGGACCUUUACAAACAAAGAAAGUUUAUUCAUGCUGAUAAAACUUGUUUUGGAGCCUGCGGAUGAUGUUAGGAAUACAGCUACCACGAUUAUAUUGGACCAUUUCGAUCACAAUAUUUUAAUGGAUUCCGAAAAGAAAAUGCUGUUAGGUACAGCAGUAACAAAGUGUAAUUCUUCGAAAUUCUAUGAAAUUGAAAGUGGAGUGGCUCUCGUCAAAAUAAUGACACACUGGAUACCAUUCGAGCAAGCACGAACGUUAGAUGUCCUAACUAGUAGAAUGGAAGAGUGUUAUUUAAAAUUGUGUACAAACUAUGUUGAUUUCUAUUACCAUGACGCGAAACAACAACUUAUCCAGAUAAAACAAGAUAUUUUAAAAGCCAUCAUUCAGGGCUCACCUUUCUAUGGGUCUAUAAUGGGAAUUUUAGCAGUUGGUUUUCUAGAAUCCGAGUUAAACGUAAAACAAACGUUUGCAAUAAAGCUACUAAGUCUUCUGGAGGAAGCAACGGAUUUCUUCUUAUCACUGCUUAACUCGAAGUCUUCCAAUUUAGGUAACGAGAGCACAGAGUAUUUUAUUAUAUUUAUAUCAUUUUAUAAGAUUGUACCCGUUUCGAUUUAUCUUUCUGUACCCGUAGAAAAUUCCUCCUCGUUUGCUGAAAUGGGCUUAGCAAUUAACGAAGCAGUAAAAUCAAGUACAAUGAGUAAUGAGUACGAUGAGGUGAUUUUGACUCCGGCUCAUCAAUUGAUCGUGUCCUGCAUAUGGAUGUCCUUAAAGGUUUCGUGCGAAACAGCCUGUGAGAUAGGUCUCUUGCUUUUGUCAGAGGAUACCGUGCAUCGUUCAUUCAAUAUAAUAGCAUCCGUAUUGUUGAAAUGUCGUCACAAGGGAGCAAUAGAAGCAGCAGGAGUCUCCAUAGCACAAUUAUCAAGAUGUUUGUGCAAAGAGAAUCGCUACAAUACCUUGCCACAGACAUAUCUGAGGAAACUCUUAGAAACUGACCAGAAGGAAGGUGUAAAUUUGACUAGACGUGGUGCAGGUCGAACAAUAAUGUUUCACAAAAUCGUUGCAAGUGACGAUAGAAAAGGCAGGCCUCUUUUGCAUUUUGCCGUACGCACGUUACUAAAUUGUCUUCAAGAUGGAACAGAAAAUUGUAUCGAUGACCCUGAGUGCAUCUACGAUUCUUCACGUACUGCGUAUCUGCACUUCUUGUGUUCUUUGGUGGCUGACAAGGAAUUACAUCCACAAUUAGUAUCAUAUUUAGAUGACAUCUGCCUGACAUGUUUUCAACAUAUACAAUCACAUGCGUGGCCGAUAAGAAAUGCAAGCUUACGGUUAUUCUGCACGAUAGUUCCCAGAUUAGUAGGCCAAACAUCGGAAUCGCAGACAUCAACUUUAGUUAACGGCUGCUCCGUCGAUCAUUUUAUCACGCAUUAUCCACGACUCGCCGAACACGCUCUGAAGAGUCUCCAAAGCUACUCAAAUUCAUCCAAAUCCUUAAACGCCACAUUUAACGAUCAGUCGAGUUGCAUGCAGAUUCUUACUCUGUUUUCCAAAAUGUCCACCGGUGGUUGCGAUUUCAUAGACUACUCGUCCGAAUUAUACAUUAAACGAGUUAAAUUUUGUAUCCGAGAGCUCCUUGCGAGCGUCAUUAGUCACGUCAGACUUUUAGCUGCGAAAGCUUAUACAGCUUUAACGGCCUUUUCACGAAUCUGUACAGAAGUGGAAAAAAUAAUGCAGACUGUUAUAACUCUCAGGAAUACCAAUUUGAUUCACGGAUAUUUGUGCACGACAUACUAUCUAUUGGCUAAAUUGGACGCCGCGAAAACUCCAGAGUGGAGUUUUGUCCAAUUACGUCAGUCGUCCAAUUUAGUUGAGCGAAUGCACAGAUUUUAUCUGCAUUGCUUUCAGAAGCGUGUGAUAAACAUGCCGUACGUUCGUAAUUCUACAUACGACGAAUCGCCAGAUCGUGUAACUUCGAAAGGAUUUUCUUACGUCGUGGAAACAAUAUUUUUAAAACUGUGUCAUAAAAUGGGAGGGAACAAAGGAUUUCUGGAGUCAUUUUUUCACUUGGACAUGGAUUACUUAAGGUCACUUGACUCGGUACUAAAAGAAGGCAGACCAGGUGCUUAUGAAUUUAGUGAGUUCGUGCUUUCACUAAUGUGUGACAGUCUUCACAAGUUUGGGCUUCGUACUAAUAUCGAAAUCAACGAACUGUUUGACUUUUCGAGCUUGCCUUUAACGAUAACUUUCUUGAAUUGUCUUAAACCACACGAUGCAUUGACAAAGGAUAUUAUUCGACGUAUUGCGAGCACUUGUCAAAGCCAAAACGCGCAAUUACUGGAUGCUAUGAUUACUUAUUCAAUUAAAUACUUUACAAGAAGUUUACCCGCAGCAAAAAUCAAUGAAUUGGAACAUGACGAGAGCGUCAUUGUUUUAAUUGACAAAGUAAGGUAUCGUCUAGGAAAUUCCAAGCUGGAACAUUUAAUUCACUUGUUAGUAGCUUCUGUAAGUAAUGAUGACGACGCUAAUUCGAUGACGACAUUGUACGUUCUCCAAAAUGCAUCGGAUGCCAAUGAAAAGAAGAGACAAUUGUCGUUGGAAUGUUUGUCGGUACUAAUACGCAAUUAUUACAAGCUGCGGAAUAAAGAUAAGUUAGUAGUAGGGAAAUCAUGCUUAAUGCUCUUACAAGAUGACGUUCAAGAAAUACGAGAAUCUAUCAGAGAAGUUAUUCUAAAUGAAUCUAACUUUUAUAACUUUAAAACGGGAAAUAGAAUUCGAGGAUUUAACGAAGCUUUGUACUACUAUUUACUUAUUGAUAUAACACGUAUUAAAUCAGAUACGUUUUUCUUUCUAAGCGAUGGAUUUUCUUCCGAUGAGAUUCUAGGUUUCAUUUCUAAUUGUCUCGAUCAGAUAAAUGAAUUUGACAGCGUUCCAAAUUUAGAAAAUCCAUUCGAUCAUGGCGAUUAUACGCCUUUUUCAGAAGAAACGAAACUCUUGAAUCUCCUUUAUCUGAGUUUUCGAGUUCACUCGGCAAACCGUUCAAGAAAAACCGUGCUUUCUAUUAACACAGUGAAUACUUAUAACAAUGAAGUAUUAACGGAUUUUGCCAAUGUUUUUCGAACGAGGCGCGAAGUGGAAACUAAAUCCGACUGGGACUUUACUAACUUGAGGUUUUUCUUAAAUAUAACGGAUGCGACUUACAUACAAAUGAAGAAAGAAUUGUUACAGAAGUAUGUCCGCGAGAACGAGUAAUGUACAGUGAAUCGAAUAAAUCAAAUUUACUGUCA